GUACAAGCCUAGAAGAGAAAGUAGUGUAGCUGCAAUGGCUGAAUGUUAUAUUGCAAUGAAUACCUUAUUGCAGUGUGUCAGAAACGCAGUUCAGUAAAGCAUCGGCCCGAGAGACACAAGUGGCUAUCAACACCACUGUUUAAAUACUGCACACUUGGUGUGUCAAGCAAACUCUGGUUAUCUCGUUUCCAGCAGCCGAGGCGUCCCAAGCAGCAGAUUCCAGUCUUCCUCCACUACACUGGGGUAGGUGAGGGGCGUUAACGAAGCAGCCCCUUUGCAGAUCUUAGGGACUGCAAAGCUGCACAACAGUGGGACAAAUUAAUGCUAAUAGCAGCAUUUUUUUAUUUGGUAUCUGAAUGCCGAUGGAUAAAGACGGCGAUACUGCGGAUCCUCUGUUUAGCUUAAUGACUGCUGGAUUAAAUCGAGCAGCCGGCUGUCCAGGGGAAGGACGGGAAAGCAAUGGGGCAGCAAUCGGACGACUGGAUUUUGAAGAAGGUGUAAAUGACUGGAAUUUUAUUCCUGAAGAUAUGGAAAGCAUUGGGUUUCAAGAUUUGCCAACAGCUACCAUUGCUUGCAAUCUGGACGACAGGCUUUUUGUGGACAGCUUUAACAGGGCCAAAUUUGAAUCCCUCUUCAGGUCUUAUGACAGAGAUGCUACAUUUCAGUACUUCAAGAGCUUCAAACGAGUACGGAUCAAUUUCAGCGAUCCAGUUGCAGCAGCUGAAGCCAGAAUUCGGCUACAGAACACUGAAUUUAAUGGGAGGGAACUCAAACUCUAUUUUGCACAGACUUUGCACAUUGGAAGCCCGCAUCUUGCUCCCCCGAAACCAGAUAAGCAGUUUUUAAUUUCACCACCAGCUUCUCCGCCUGUUGGAUGGCAGCAAGCCGAAGAUGCAACACCUGUCGUAAACUAUGAUCUCUUGUAUGCAGUUUCUAAACUUGGUCCAGGAGAAAAGUAUGAGCUACAUGCUGCAACUGAUACCACACCCAGCGUUGUCGUGCAUGUCUGUGAAAGCGACCCUGAAUCUGAGGAUAGCAGCCUUGACUAUGACGACAGGACAAAGAAACCAAAAUUUAAGAUAAUUCAGACAAGAAGGCCAGAGUAUUCCUCCUCUCACUUGAGCUGAACCACCGAUUUUCGUAACAUGAAGAGAAAGAAACUCCUUGGCGAUAGUUGUGGUUCAGUUGUGGCAGACAGCCUUGGUUGCAGCAAAAAGUAAUGGUAAAACAUCAAGCAUCCGGUUUUAGUUGGAUCCGCAUCAAGCCUGAAGGUUUACACUGUGCUUAACUUUUUAGGUUCUUUUGUGCUGCAGAGCUGCUCAUAAUAAAGAACUGGUGAUGACCUCACUGUGAUGAUGUCAAAAGAGCAGAGACCAAAUGGGGGCCUUAGGUGAAGACUGUGUACUAUACAUGGCACUGCUGGGUUUUCUUGUUUUGGCUUUGCUUUAAUUUUCUAGUUUUUCAUCGUUAUAAAAGGAGCUGGAAGUUAGCAUUGAUCCUUUUUUUUUUUUUUUUUACAUUUGUAGCAUAUCAGUAUGUAGUGAGUAUAAACAGAAUACUGUGUGAGGAAGAAUCGAGAUCGGCAUAUUCAUAAUGUAUAAGACAGUUGAGAUAGAAAUUAUUUUUACGCUAAUUUGAUUUAUGCAUGUAUUCAAAGAUGCGAGUCCUACACUGGUUUACAUACUUUUGUGUUUUACAUUAUCAUGGAGAAAGACUGAUGCUGUGAAGUAUGCGUUUUUGUACAUGUCAAUAGUACGCCAUCCCUUUCAGUGGAACAUGAAGUAUGGAAGGAAAUGUUGUUUUCUAACAGCACUUGUGGUUCACUUACAGAUCACAUUUCCUUUCUUGAGGGCAAGUCGUGUUACUUUUUGCAGUGUAUAUCAUCUGUCUGAGAGACUGUAAAAAAAAAAGAAAAAAAAGAAACAAAGCGUACUCAAGAGAUGCAUACCCAGACAGCAGUUUACUUAUCUUUAUUUAAAAAUGUUUCGAUAUUUGUUUAAAAAUGGUUUUGCCUUUGCUUGUCCAUAUGUUAAUGCCUACAAAAUAGUUUUCUCUUGCAUCCUUUAGAUUUUCUGUAAUGAAAGGGUUAAACAUACUGAAAGUUAUGGGAAAUAAACUGUCUUUCCUACAAGAAAA